UAAAUAUAAGUAGAUGUUAAUAUCAUUUUUUUUACUUUACUAAGAACUGAAGAGUACUAUAAGAGUUUCAGUUAAAAAAGUGAGUAAAUAUGUUACUAAAUCCAUUAUUAUUGGUUUUGGGAAUCAUUAUUGGUUGCCACUGCCAAGAACAAACUCCUUUACAAAAAGUAGUUGAAUCAGGCAGCAAAUUUAAUGGUAAUCUGCAUAAGGAACUCGCUAAUACACAAAAUGGUAAUUUUGUUUACAGUGGACUAUCGGCAAACUUAGUUUUAUCUCUGUUGACCAGUGGUGCUAAAGGAGAUACAAAAAAUGAAUUAGUAUCGGGAUUAAACUUAGUCCAGGAUGAUAAAGAACGUACCAACGGUUAUAAACAACUAACUUCUAGCCUAAAUGUUAAUUCCGAAGACUUGAAAGUACUCUCAGCCAAUAAAAUAUAUCCAGCUAAAGGUUUUCCUGUAGAAGAAUCAUUCAAGAAUACUGCUGUUAACGAUUACCAAUCCGAAGUUGAAAAUAUUGACUACCAAAAUAAAGAACACGCUGCAGGUACCAUUAAUGAAUGGGUAGGACAAAAAACGAAUAAUAAAAUACAAAAUUUGAUUAACCCAGACAAACUUAAUCCUGAAACUAAAUUGGUUUUGGCAAAUACGUUGUAUUUCAGUGGGAAAUGGGUACGACCAUUUGAUUUCUCCUGGAAGGGAUCAUUCCACUCAACAGAAACGCAAUCGAAAGAGAUCAAAUUUUUACAAGGUACAUUCCAAGCCAAGUACAGACCAUGUCGUCGCCACCAAGCUAAAUUCCUCGAGUUAGACUUCCAAGGUGGAAAUAUCAGUAUGACAUUCGUUUUACCUAACGACAGAAAUGGACUAAAGAAAUUGGAAGAUACUUUCGAAGGUGUAUCAGAACUUAGUCCUAUGUAUACUGGCAAUGUUCAAAUAUCAAUACCUAAAUUCAAAGAAGAAACUACGAUUGAUUUAGUUCCUGUAUUUAAAAAGAUGGGAAUUCAAAAAGUAUUUACCAGUGGAGCCGAUUUAUCAGGCAUAUCUUCAAAACAAAAUCUUCAAGUCGAUGCUAUUCCACAAAAAACUUUUAUUGAAGUUACGGAGACUGGAGUGGAAGCCGCAGCAGCAACCGGUGUUCAAGCUGUGCCAACUUCGCUUAUAAGACCUGACUUUACCUUCACAGCUGACUAUCCAUUCUUGUAUUACAUUAAAGAGAAUAAUUCAGGAGCAAUACUUUUUGCUGGAAGAUAUGUAAGCUAAUUUGAUAAGAACCAAGAAAAAACUGAUGCAAUGUUU